AUGCGGGCGGCGCGCGGAGCCAUGGCCAACUUCCGCCUUGCUCUUAUUCAGCUUCAUGUAUCUGCUGUUAAAUCAGACAACCUUCAACGAGCCUGUGGACUGGUGAGAGAAGCGUCAGCUAAAGGAGCAAAAGUUGUGGCUCUACCUGAAUGCUUUAAUUCUCCGUAUGGAACCCAAUACUUUAAGGAGUAUGCAGAGAAGAUCCCUGGGGAAUCAACACAAAAGCUCUCAGAAGUUGCAAAGGAGUGCAGCAUAUAUCUCAUUGGAGGAUCCAUUCCAGAAGAGGAUGGUGGAAAGCUGUAUAAUACCUGUACUGUCUUUGGUCCGGAUGGUGCUAUGUUGGCAAAGCAUAGGAAGGUUCAUUUGUUUGACAUUAAUAUUCCUGGGAAGAUACAGUUCAAAGAGUCUGAAACACUGAGUCCAGGGAAUAGUUUCUCCGUGUUUGAUACUCCAUACUGUAAAAUGGGCCUGGGCAUCUGCUAUGAUAUCAGAUUUGCUGAGAUGGCUCAAGUCUACGGACAGAAAGGUUGCCAGCUGCUGAUAUAUCCAGGGGCUUUUAACCUGACAACAGGACCGGCUCAUUGGGAACUGCUACAAAGGGGACGGGCUGUUGAUAAUCAAGUCUACGUAGCUACCGUAUCUCCUGCUAGAGAUGAGAAAGCAUCCUAUGUUGCCUGGGGACACAGCACUGUAGUAAAUCCAUGGGGUGAAGUCAUAGCCAAAGCUGGGGCCGAGGAAACAGUUAUAUACACAGACAUAGAUCUGAACAAACUCGCAGAAAUACGUCAACAAAUUCCUAUUUUAAGCCAGAAGCGUUGUGAUCUCUAUGGCAUAGAGAUGAAAAAGUGAAGCUGGGUGAACAAGGAAGGUUCAGUUGGCACAAUGGUUGCUGCUUUCAUCUUCGGAAGGAUUCCCUUACUGGUUGCUUCGCAAUCUACUGCUAAAUGUGCCAGUUAAUUAAAACCAAACAAACACAAACUUGGUGGUGUAAUUCUAAAAUUGAUUCAAAUACAUACAACUUUAUUGCCUCUCAUACUUUAGUAUUUUACAGCUAGGAUAAAGAUGGAGGUGAAAUCAGUUCAACAAGUAGUAGUUAACGUUGCUUUUUUAUACAUUACAAUGUUGUGGUGACUUUUUUGAAGAACAUAGAAGUGGGAACCUUGUUCUCUCUGGAAAUCCUCUGAAGUCAGCUUGGGUAUUAUGAAUUUUACCAGUGAGUUAUCAGAUAAUCUAGAAGCAUGAUUCUUCCCCCUCUGUCCUUCUUAGUUGUUUGUAUGUGCCUUAACACAGUUCCUUGAAUGUCCAGCUUCCAACUUGGAAAGCUUAAAAUUUAACACACUAAGCAAAACAGGCCAAGUUCUGCUCUGUACUACUUCAGGACAAGGCAAGAAGCUGCCAGCCAGAACUACUACUGUAGAAGAAUCUGUAUCAGGUUUUGGUUUGUGUGUCAUCUUAGAUGGCAUAUAUGUAUUAAAUUCUCCUUUUUGCAAUUCCUGUUUAUUGCUGAAGUGAUGCAGGUUACUGUUAAGGCAAUUCACAUCACCAGAUAUACUGCUUCUUUAAUAUAAUGUCUGAAUGGGUUUUAAUUCUGCUGCUUGGCAGUCUUCACCUGAAAAGGCUGAGAGGAGUCAGUAAAAAGGGUUAGAAAACUUGUUCCACUGAUUGUGUCUUGCUGCCCCCAGUCUUCCAGAAGACAGGCACUAGAAUUGCUCAGUGGUUAAAUGCAUUAUUGCUACCAAAAGCCAACUCCCAUCAAUCAGCUGCAUGGGAAACACUCCUUACUGCAUUGCUCAUCAAGAGACCAACAACCAUCAUUAAAGAUGGCUUUAAAAUACUUAAAACCAGCCUCGCAUUUUGUAGUUUUGUUGGGUUGUUUGUUUUUUUUUUUCUUAGAAGGAAGACACCUUGGUACUUCUAAUGUAAAAAGAUAAGAAUUUGCAAAUGGCAUUUUUUUCUCCUUGGGAUGAAAAAAAAAAGAAGCAACUCUAACUAUCCAGCCUUUACCACUAGGCUUUUAGUUUUCCAGCAGCAGAAAUGGUAAAGCAAUAAAGCUAAAGGAGAUUUCAAAAUACAAAAACAGGAGGAGAGAGAGGUUUUGUCUUGCUCUAGCUAACCACCACUAUCCCCCAAAACCACCUUACCUUAUUAGUCAUGUUCAGCCAUCCUCCUCUUCCCACAGCUGCUCUUGACUUUUUUUUUUUUAAUGUUCUUUUGGCUUCUCUGGAAUGAGCUAGGUGUGUGUUUUCUGGAAGAAAAUUAGUGGUUAAAUUAAGCCAAACCCUGAGGCAUCUUUCCCCUUAAAAGACAGGUCACGCCAUUCCAUUCAGUGGCAUUAUCUAUUCCAGCAAGCAUUUUUUGGUCUGUACUUUUCACUGCAUUUUGGAGUACAUACUGUACUGGAACUCUUAAGAAACAAGCCACAGAGCAUAAGGUGAAAUGAAGAUUUAUUUGUUGAAAAAUAAAUAUAAAAAAAAAUUAACAAUUUACUAUUUGAGUCAUGUCUCCUGCAUUA